GCUUGGUACCAACAGAUGCCAUGACAGUAUAAACAGAAGUCAAGUUUUAUUUCCAUUUCAUACACGUCAGCUAGGAAGUCAUGUAUACAAAAUAUAAUAAAAAUAGAAGGAAGUAUAGAACCCUUUUUAACACUAGCAAAGCUCGGUACAUAAAAAAAAAGAGGUAGAAAAGAAGUAUCAUUGGAGAGUAGCUGCUCUGGUAUAGGCGCUCUGUCCCUUUAAGAGGGUUGUCUCAGUUGAUGAAACAAAAGAGAAACAAGGAAGUUAAAAUGUUAGUGUGUGGAUGUGACUGAGUGUGAGAGCCAGGGACAGGGAAGGCAGAGGACUAAAAGGACAGGGGUCUUCUACAUUCAUACAUGAGUACUCAGCUUUUCCAAGCCCUGCAGAAGGAUCCCAUUUAAAAAAGAUAUUACGUAUUGGAAAAUGCCAAGUACCCCGAAUUACCUGUGGGAGUUGGAAGAUCAAUUGGGUCAAGGUGCUACUGCCAGUGUGUACAAGGCACGGAAUAAGAAGUCUGGAGAGGAAGUGGCAGUCAAGGUGUUUAAUAACUCUAGUUACCUCCGGCCAUUUGAAGUACAGAUGAGAGAGUUUGAGAUGCUGGGGAAACUCAACCACAUUAAUAUUGUCAAGCUCUUUGCUGUAGAGGAAACUGGCAACACCAAGCAGAAGGUGCUGAUCAUGGAGUACUGCUCAAGUGGGAGUCUCCUGUCUGUCCUGGAGGAGCCAGAAAAUGCUUUUGGACUUUCUGAGUCAGAGUUUCUGAUCGUGGUACAGUGCGUGGUGGCAGGAAUGAAUCACUUACGUGAGAAUGGAAUUGUGCACCGAGACAUCAAACCCGGGAACAUCAUGCGUUUGAUUGGAGAGGAUGGGCGCAGUAUAUAUAAGCUGACUGACUUUGGUGCGGCUCGGAAGCUUCAGGAUGAUGAGACGUUCAUGUCUCUUUAUGGAACCGAAGAAUACUUGCAUCCUGAUAUGUAUGAAAGAGCAGUCCUGAGAAAACCAAAUCAGAAAGUGUACGGCGUCACGGUGGACCUGUGGAGUAUUGGAGUUACAUUUUACCAUGCUGCCUGUGGUAGCUUGCCCUUCAUCCCUUAUGGUGGACCUCGAAAUAACAAGGAAAUUAUGCACAAAAUUACAGCAGAAAAACCACCAGGUGCCAUUGCGGGAGUGCAGCGGAAAGAGAAUGGACCCAUCGACUGGACUUCUAAAUUGCCAGUUACCUGUCGCCUCUCAGAAGGAUUGAGGACACAGUUUGAAGCCAUCCUCCCAAAUAUCCUUGAAGCUGACCAGGAAAAAUGCUGGGGCUUUGACCAAUUCUUUGCAGAGACCAACAAUAUUUUAGAGAGGAUGGUUGUUCAUGUGUUCUCCUUGCCACAAGCCAGAGUGCACAAGAUUUAUAUACACCAUUAUAACUCAGUGGCUGUAUUCAUGGACAUGGUGGCCAAUCAAACAAGAGUUGCACCAGAACGACAGAUAUAUUUCUAUGAAGGCCACCCGUACCCCAUCAGUACAACCUUACAAGUGCACCACCUGUCUAUGACAACAGAACAUUAUCCGUUCAUUUUAAAUGGUUGUGAGAGUGAAGGCCCAAUAGGAGUAACUUAUAAAGACCCUGCUUUUGACUUUCCUAGGCUUCUACCUUCCGUAGAUGUGUCUAUUGACUGUUCUGUUUCAAAAAAUAUUGUCAGUGCUGUUUACCAAACAUUGCGAGUUACCGAGUCACUUCUGACAUGUCAAGAAUUUAUACUCCGAGGGAUGUAUUGGUUCAUUGAGAAUCUAAAAGCCGAAUGCCACAGGAUUGUUGAGAAGAAGUCAGCCGUGAUGUCUUACUAUAACUGCAUGUGCAGCCUUGAGAGCAGAAACACAAGACUAUACAAUGCUGCUUAUAAAGAAUCUGCCACAGAUAACCAGGAUCAAGGGGAUUGUCGGAAGAAGCUACAGCUAAUAUGGAACACUCUGUCCAGUUGCUCUCACAGUCCAGAUAAAGAGAGUAUGCUGGGGUUCUUGCUUUUAGAAGUUACAAAAGACCAAGAUCAUAUUCGUGUGGACACUAGCAUUGGUCGAAUGAAGCAUUGUCUACAGAAAAUGCAAGUGAUCUUCAAGCAAUUUAAGAAACGAAAACAUCAGCAAAGACUUUCAUACAAUGAUGAACAGAUACAUAAGCUGGAUAAAAUAAAUUUAGGUAAUUUGGCCAAGAAAGUUCUGACAAUAUUUCAAGAAGAUGUUGUACAGAAAUAUCAAGUAGCUCUGUCCGCACACAGCAGCAGGAUGAGGACAAUCACCGAAAUCCAGAACCACUUAGGAAUUGUAAAUGGAUAUUUGUCGGCCUGUGUUCAAGACCUCCGGAGUUAUGAAGAGUCUGUUAACAAUACUGUGGACCGAUUAGCCCAAAGAAUGCAGCAGACCUGCUUAGUACAACCGAAUCAUAGCCCUCUCACCUCUUAUCAUGGCCCACCACAACAGGAGCUAGCAGUGCGAUUGAUUAAACUACGGGAUCAAAUGAAGAGCGUAUCUUAUGAAUUAGAGAAAAAUAACAGUAUUAUAGAAAGGUUGAACAUAUCCUGAUCUGCUAUUAGUGGAGAACGGGACAAUGGCGCUGCAGUAUAUUUGUGUUCACUGUAACCAGGCAACUCUGGAAAUCAUUUGGAACAUAUUUAACAAAGCAGAAUCAAAUAAUGUGAACAUUUUUCAUGACAUUUUCUUCAUAUACUUGAAAGUAAAGAAGGCGCUCUCCAGCCAUCUAAAACUGAAGAAUAUGCAGACUUUUCCUAGGAGAUGACAUUUACAAUCUCUCCACUGUUUCUAUUGAGAUAAACUCUGUUCAGUCUUUUAGAACUAUAUUUCUGGGAAAACUAUAAACAUAAAUAUACAAAAUAUUACUGUGAUAGUGGUUAAACACAAUGCUUGUUAUCAGUUGUUUGCUAUUUUCAGUCAAUUUCUCUAUUAAUAAGAUUAAUUAUCUUAUAUUUCAGACGAUAAAAUGCCCUUUUUAGCACGAAGACGACAAAAAGUGUGCCUCUUAGGAAAGGGGCCCAUUGGUACCAGAUUUUGGUUUAACCCAUUUAACUCUUCUAUCAUAACUAGCAAGGAUGGUGGCAUUAACUGCCCAGUACAACCACUGUAGCCUUGGACCACCAGGAAAGCAGUCUCCUUAACCACCUUAUACUUCCAAAGAUGAUCGCAUUAAACUCUUCACUACCUUAGACCUCUGAAAAAUAUUUAGUAUAAAAUGAAAAUUUGCAUAAUUUGUGCAUUUGUAAGGCCAUGUUUACACGCAAUAGGGUAGAUUAACUAUGACCAGCAUUUCAUAUGCCCCUGUUCAUAUGCCACGUCUGUGGCUGCCCAUGCGGCAGCCUCAAAAGUCUACACAAGCUUGGAACUAAUAAACAACAAUUUACCUGUUUAUUGUAAUAAAUUGGGAUUUUUGGGAUGUCACACCCUCUUCACACAAAACUGAGCCCUCCUUCUCACCCACUUGGUGAGAACUGCACAGACUGGCAAAAAGUCACAAAUUUCCCUGAUAUAAUGUUUUCUAGUGUAGCCAAUGGAAAAUUAGCUGAUACAUGGGCAUACAUGGAGGACGGUAAAAACAUUGGCCAUAAUUUACAUGUCAUUUAUUGCGGCCAUUAAAAAAAUGGCAGAUUUUACUGUAAAAGGCAUAUCUUUUUGUAAAGCUAAAAAUAAUGGCCAAAACAUAGCCUAACAGUUUCACGACUCUAACCAUUGAUAGAUUUACACUGCCAAAGCAUACAUGUAAACUACCCCUAUUCACACUCUUUCUAGCGGCCACUAUGACAGAACAGUCAAACAUUUGCAGCCUUUCACUUUUCUUCUUUUUAAUAUAAAUCUAUAGCUUUAUGAAUAAUAAUAGGUCUUUGCUUCAUGAAAGGUAAAGCAAACCACUUCCGAACCUCUGCAGCCUUAAAGGAGUAGUCCAGUGGUGAUUCA